UUGUUCGAUUUAGCCCCAUGUUGUGAUUGGCUGAGCUGCUCAAUGGUGGGCGGGCUCAAUGUGAACAGUCGGACAACAGGCCAGUAGGAGAACAUAGAAGACAUGUUAUAAGUUCAGUAAAUAGUGGAAAGGACCAAUAUUAAUAGUGUAGGUUUAGAGCUGGUCUACUGGAAGAAGUCAAUCUUCCCCUGGCUAUAUUUAGCGGAUAUCUAUUUAAGCCCAUUCCACUAUAUGCUGCACAAUGCUCUGUUGGCCCAGGGCUCCAUUCUCAAGACGUUCUCAAGGGGAGCACCUGAUUGGAGGACCUCAAUUGCGUCUCUGAAAACGCCACUAGAGGGCAAUGUCUGACAGUGGCUCCGGCAACAGCUGGACCCUCCUCUCUCAAGAGGAGAACGUUGCAACCCUGAGGCCUCUGGCAGAAGGAACCGAGCUCCAUGGAGACGGCAAGAGCCAGCCAACAGAGGUCGCUAUAACUGCCAAGACGGAGCAUCCUUCGGAGAAUCAGCAGGCUUCGGAGGAAAACAUGUCUGGGCAGUUUGAAGGAGGGGCAAGCCCUAGCAUCGCCCAAAGCCCAAGCCCCACCACCACCCCAACCACGACCCCUACCAGCGACCCCAGCUCCACCCUUAUCCCUACCACUGAGAUUCCGCUCCCUCCUCCCUCAUUAGUUAUUCCUGCCCAUUCUCUCCACGGAAGUGACACACACAGCCAAUCAGAGGGGCUUCCGGAGGGCCCCGUGGAAUCCAGCCCCGACCCCGAUUCGUUCUCCGACUCCUACACCCACAUCAGCUCCUCCUCCUCCCACGAGCCCCCCAUCCCAGAGCUUCUGGGAGGUCUGGAGCUUACGGAGGAGGAUGAGGACGCAGACCGGCCCGGGUCCGAAGGGGUGGGCUCUGAGCAGGGGCCCUCUCAGCCAGGUUCCUCUGUAGAUCCCGAGGUGGGGGAGGAGAGAGGACCAGAGGACAGGGGGGUGAAGGGAGACGCUGAGGGGAGGGUGGGGACCCUCCUGGCCUCUCUGGAGCAGAUCGGGAGGAGGGAGGAGGAGGAAUCCGAAGAGGAGUUUCAGUUGCCCCGGAGAAACGACGACAGCGGCUUCUCUGUGAACAAGUGCAUCCUGGGAGCUGUUAUUCUGCUGGGUCUUGGUACUAUCUUCUUAUCAGGUGUCUUCAUGGACCUUGAUGAGGACAGUAACUAUGCUCCAAGGGACCUCAGAGAAGCCGAGAAGCCGGUCAAACAGGAAUGGCCGAAACCAGAGGUCCCACAAGCAGCUGUGGACGAGGGGAUGGAUAUCCUGAAUAAGCUGGUCAAAGAAACCCAGCAGAUCGCUGCACUGCAAGCCAAGACUCAGGAAGAGGAGCUAAAUGCAGCCAGAGGACGGGCAGCCGAGGGAGCCCAGGAGCAGUUGAGGGGGAGCCAGGAGGAGGAGGAGGAGGAGGAGGAGGAGGAGGAGGUGGAGGUGGUGGAGGAGGAAAAUGUCCAUGAAGCUGCGUUGCUGCAUCCUGUGAAAGCCACAACAGCGCCCCUUAGUGGCCAGGAAGGGGAGAGCAGUCCUGCUACAAGCAGCACAGAGGGACAAACAAAGAAACCCUCGCCUGUCGGGAGGGAGGGAGAGAAAACAGAGUCCAGGGAGAGAGGUAAAACCGAAAGGAAAGACGAGGAGUGGAAGAAGCCCAACCAUGACCAGCAGGAGAGAAGCAAGGAGGUGAAGGGAAGGAAGAAGAAGGAAGAGGGGAGAGAGGGAAAGGAGCAAGGCCACAGAGGGGACAUACGGGAGCCCUGGAGGGAGCGAGGAGAUGGGAAGGAGUUGAGAGAAAAGGCAGAGAGGAACGCCCAGAAGGAGGAGAAAAAGUGGAAGAAUGGAAAGCAUGAGAAGUCCGAUAGUGACCGAGUCGAAGAACGAAAACUUCAUGACAAGGAGAAGAAGAAAGAAAAGGAGAGAGGGGACAGGAAGGAGUGGGUAGGAAGGGAUGAGGAGAGAAACAACCGGAAAGAGGAGAAUCAGUGGAAAAGAGGAAAGGAGGAGAAAGAGGGGAAAAAAGGAAAGGAUGAGAGAAAGGACCGCAAGGAGGAGAGAGAGUGGAAGAAGGGAAAGUCUGAGAAGUUAGAUAAUGAUCGUGAGAAGGAGUCAAGAGGUCGGGAGGAGAAGAAGUACGGGACAGGAAGCAAGGAGCAUGGGAAGAGGACGCAGGAGAAGGAGGACUGGAGGGGCGAGAAGGAGUGGAAGAAGGGGAAGGAUGCGUACAAAGAGAGCAGCAAAGAAUGGAAGGAGAAGAAAGAAGGGAGGGAGAAGGGAGAGCAGAAGGACUGGAAGAAAGACAUCAACCGUAGGAGUAAAGAUGACAAAGACCAGCGCAGGGAGAAGCAGGGGAGGGAGGAGAGGAGGAGUGGGGAGGGGGGGGAGGAGAGGAGGCCUUGGGAGGGGAAAGAGGAGAGGAGGCGUGGGGAGGGGAAGGAGGCGAGGAGGCCUUGGGAGGGGAAAGAGGAGAGGAGGCAUGGGGAGAAAAGGGAGCGGCAUGAUGAGGGCAAGACCAGGAGAGAGGCAUGGAAGGAGGAGAGGAAGGAUGUCGAUGGAAAACAGGACAGGAAAAAAAAUUCUGGCCGGGUGGAAGACGUCGAUCAUAAGAAACAAGAACAGCAUCGCCACAACCAACACCAUGAGGAGUCCCUCUGGCAAGCCCCUGGGGAUGGCAGGCCCACCCACACCCGCCGCCGGCCCUCCUUCGGCCAGCCGGACUACUGGGUGCACCAGAGGCAACGGCUCCGGCAGAACAGGCUCCCAUCGCGCCACUGUGCCAGCGUGGAGGAAUGUGCCCGGUUCGAGGGCACCCUCCCGGUCCAGCUGACUGAGUUUGAGGCCCUCCUGGAGGGGUACCUCACCAAGGCAGAGCAGGGGGCUGGAGUGGACACCUCGGCCGGAGAGGAGAUCCGCACUCUGGCCGCAGAGUUCUUCAAGGACGGGGUGUUUGUGCACGACCAGAUGAGCUUCAGAGAUUACCUGGAGGACCUGGCUGAUAUUCUGGAAGAUAUGGUGGACGGAGACGAUAGCGAGGAGGACCAGGAAGAGGACGACAGCGACCUGGAGGAUGAGAUGGAGAUGUUUGGGAAAGAAGUGAUGAAAAAGUUUGCAGUGGAGCAGUCUUCAGAGAAGACCUCACAGCGGACGACAGGGAAGUCCAAGAAGGAGAACGCAAGGUGCCGUGGCUGAAGACUGGACUGGUGUGUCGUUGAUAGCACGGCAAGUUGGAAUGGUUUGGAAGGGAAUAUUAAACAAGGGGUAAUCAUCAAGGGAACAUUUUAUAUGGACCAUGGACCACUUAGAGCCACAUGCUUUCUCCAUCUAUUUAAAGCGUUUUAUUAAUCUCCGUGCCUUGGUAUGCUUUAAAUUCCCCUCGAGAGCACUUCAUGUAUUGACAUGCCAAGUAAUUACUGUUUUCACACACGUCUUAGAAAUGUUGAAGAGAAGGGGAGGAGCAUGAAGGAGCAUGAAGGGGUAGAGUGUACGGGGGAACUUAACAGUAGCAAUACGUUACUCUUACUUUGGUGUUUGUUUCUUGUCUUUUUUUUUAUGCCAAGCCACAAUUUAAUCAAAACUAAUUGUAUCUCUUGAAAGCUGUACUAGUGAUGGAUGUCCGAAACCUGUCUGUUGUGAUUUAAUUCAACCCACUGAAAGCGUUGGUCCAUAUUGUCAGACAAACAAACAAAGGCUACAAAAAGGCUGUUGGUUGACUUGUCAUGUUCAGGCCUGAACAAUGUGUGAACUGGUGUGAUAACCUGUUCAUAACCUAACGUCAUGGAUUGCAUGAUAAUCUGUUUAACCCUGGUCACUUUCUUUAAAUGUAUUCUUCACUACCAACCAAAAGUUCUAAGGAACGUUUGUUACCUGCUCCUGUACAGCAGGUCCACUCGUGAGGUCUUAUUCACCCUUAACGGUGUCUGUGAGAUGUUCUUUAUGCCCACAAAUAGUUUUACUGAAGGGAACCUUGACUACUAUAUGAAAGUAAAAAGUAAAUGUAAUGUUUCAGUGAUUUUACAUGUUGCACUAAACCAACACAAGUGUAGAAUGUGGUACUAGCCCAUAAUAGUAAUAUAAAUAGGUAACUUAUUGAAUUCAGAUCAGCAUAAGAUGUUAAUAGAAAUGUGUGCAGUAUAAAAUAACCUGUGGAUCAUGUAUGAGAUCUUUUCAAUGCUGGAUUUAUACACUAAAAUGUCUUUAAUGUAGCGAUUUUGCCAUUAUUUAUAAGAGUAUGUCUUCUGUGCAAUUUUAGUUUUAAAGCGAACACACCUCCGUUGUUCCUGUCUACAAGGCUGCUUGACACUGCAUUUCAUGUCAUUUAAAGACCAUAGUUCAAAAGAAAUGUUCUCAUCUUUGCAUCAAGGCAAGAACCAGUGUGUAUUUGGCAAGAUGACAGAUCACUCUUGAUGUUUGAAUGAUUCUUUUGGGUAUAUGAUUAAUAAAUAAACCGUUUUCCCCCAGUUAUGGAAAA